CUGCUUUGUUGCAUCUUGUUCAGGUUCCAAGGUCUGUUUGAUGAAUUGAUUCGGCUGUGCGAUCACAUGGGACUAUCCUUGUCUCUCCAGAGAUAGCUUAAUACAGUUCUGUUGCUUUUUAUCACAAUAGCUCCUCUCCUGCGUGUCGGAGCCAACGAUGAGUCUUAAUGACGACCCCCUCGAUUAGAAUCCCCUUUACUGGCCCAUUACCUCCGGCAAUUAUCACACCCCCCUCUGCCCGUACUAUUGCCGGAGCAAUUGAUGCCAUCACGUCCUUUCUAACCGCCUCGCCGUCGCCGCAUCUGCGCGGCAUCGAUGUGGGAAGAAACUCCCAAACGGUUUUGUUAACAGGUGCCGGUAUAUCGGUAGCAUCCGGCCUGUCGGAUUAUCGAGGUGAAAAUGGCACGUAUAUAACGAAUAAGACUUAUCGACCGAUAUACUAUCACGAAUUCGUGACACGGCAUGAAUCGCGCAAGAGGUAUUGGGCCAGGAGCUUUGUCGGGUGGCCGGGACUCCAGAAAGCGAAACCGAACACGACACAUUGGGCAAUUAAAGAUCUUGGGGCGAAGGGAUACCUCAGCUCUGUGGUGACCCAGAAUGUCGAUUCAUUCCAUUCUUUUGCCCACCCAGAGCUCCCCACAAUCGAGCUUCAUGGUUACCUGAGGUCUGUUGUCUGCACUACUUGCCAGAACCAGUUUUCUCGAGAAGAAUUCCAGAAGUCUCUUGAAAGACUCAAUCCUGCCUGGGCCGAGUUCUUGGCAAAGAUGGUGGAUAUUGGUGCACUCGAUACGGACAAUCCACAAGAGCAGCGGCGAAAGGGUCUGAAACUCAAUCCCGAUGGUGAUGUCGACCUGGCUGAAGCGUCCUACUCGACGUUUCGGUAUCCCUCUUGCCCGACAUGCCUAGAGAAACAACCUCAAGCCAAGGACGGCACACAAAACCGGGUGGAGGUUGAGAGUGACGGCGCAUGGUUACCAACCUCCAAUGCUGGGAUCUUAAAACCGGCCGUCAUCAUGUUUGGAGAGAACAUCGAUCCUACUGUCAAGACAGUUGCUGAAGAAGCCAUCGAUGAUGCUGGCAGGCUCUUGGUUCUCGGAAGCAGCCUUGCCACCUUUUCCGCGUGGAGGUUAGUGGAACGGGCCUAUAAGAGAGGCAUGCCCAUCGGUAUCAUCAAUGUUGGUGGUGUGCGGAAUGAAUCUCUAAUCUUCGGAGCCCCUCAGCAUGAGGGCCCUAUUGGAUCGCAGCAUGUCCGGUGCAGCCUUCUAUCUGAAAACGUUUUGCCGCCAAUUGCGAUUCAGCUACCUCCAUUAAGCAGUCAAAUAUAGGCCAGAGAUAUAUAUGAAAGAUAUACAGACAAUCUUCUUACUAGAGAAAAUCCUUGGCAUGUGAAUAUACUUCAUCCCGCGUUACGAGGGCUACACUAUGAGGCACAUCCUUGCAUAAAUCAUGCGUACUUGCUUAGGAAUAGUU